AUGGCGCCGUGUCACGACGGGAUCCGCAAGGUCAUCGAGCGCGAAAUGUUGCGCCUGCGCUCGACCUACGGCGCCGAGGCGAUCCCGGUCGCCUCGUCGCGCGCGCUUUCGGCGCUCGGGCACGGCGCGCUCAGGGCCAAGGUCGUGCUCGUCACGGGUGGGACCAAGGGGCUUGGGAGGGAGUUUGCGCUGAGGGCCGCGAGGGAGGGAGGGGCGAGGUUGGUCGUCGGCGCGAGGGGGGAGCGGGGCGUGCGCGAGGUGGUGGAGGAGAUCGAGGCGGGCGGCGGCGAGGCGACCGGGCUCGCGACCGACGUGACGAGCUGGGAGUCGCAAGUCGCGCUCUUCGACCACGCCAUCGCGACCUUCGGCCGCAUCGACGUCGUCGUUGCCAACGCCGGCGUGUUCGAGAUGGGCAGCUUCCUCGACGACGAGGUCGACGCCGACGGCAAGCUCACGAAGCCGGACUUGGGCACGAUCGACGUCGACAACGCCUCGACCGGCCCCAAGGCGCUCGUCAUCCUCGGGAGCCUGACCUCGUUCGUCGCGACGCCCGGCUGCCCGCUCUAUGCGACGAGCAAGCACGCCCUACUCGGCCUGCAGCGCGCUCUACACACCGAGAGCGAGGCGGCAGGUAUCUCCGUCGUUCUCGUCGCGUCCGGCCCCGUCCCGACCGACAUCUUUGGCCCGCUCCGCCCCAUGAUCGAGCAGCUGCCUCACAUCAAGCUGAGCGACACGGUCGACGCCAUGCUGUUUGCGGCGAGCAGCCCGAGCGAGGAGAAGCUCGGCGGAUGCACCCUCGCGACCGACACAGCUGGCAUCUUCCGCAUCCCGUUCGUGCAGGCGUACCGCGAGUGA